CUUCACCCCCUCAAGGCCUCGACGACCCACCUGCACCUUCUUCUUCUUCUUCUUCCCCAUGGAGAACUCAGGCGAGGAGCUCUCUUCCACGGUGGCCAGCCACUCCUUCUCCGGCGACGGCGGCAACGCCGCCUCCGAGGAGAGCGGCUGGACGUCCUACAUCGACUACUUCAUGGAGACACAGAGACACAAGGAGGAGGUGAGCCGUGCUGGUGAUCCCUCGACUGAUGAUGCUGGACGGUGCGGUUCUACAUCGAAGUGCAGCAGUGACACUGGAGUAGGAGCCUCCACAUGGCUGCCGGCACUCGAGGAGCCGUCGACGGUGGUGUCGAGAAGGUUGAGCCUCAGGGAGGGCUGGAGGAGGAAGAAGGUCAUGUAUGAUGAGUCCUUGCAGGAUACUGCCACGUCUCCUAUCAGUAGCCCUAAGUUGAUUGAUGACUUGAGGGAUUCAGAUGCCACCCACCACCAGAAGAAACUAAAUUCCUGUGAUGAGAUUUCGCGUUCUAAGCGGAAGAGUACAGGCGGCAGUGAUGUAAAUAAUGGGGCAAACACAACAAUAGACACAGCAAUCAAGGAAGAUAGUGCAUAUGACAACAAUGAGCUGAUGAGAAAGAAAGGCCUCUGCUUGGUCCCUAUGUCUGCUUUCCACGUAUAGCUGAUCGAUGCCAAUAAAUUCAUUGGUUGCUAGCUGAUUGCAUAUAAGCUAGCACCAACACCCUAUACACAUGCAUACAUGUACACAUUAGCACAUAUAUGAGAAAAGGUAGAGAGUCUUGUAGAAGGCGUGGGGGCUGUAGUAGGUACAUUUCUUGUGAAGACUAGCUAUUCUGUUCCUGUUUAUGAAAAGGCUACAAACUUCAUUCACAUAUGAGAAGGUACAAACUGUGGGUUUGAUGUUAGGUGAGACAUCACAACAACGCUAUGUUAGAUAUGGGGUCUAUUCCAUCUUGUGAGGAUUAGUUAUUCUGUUCAUGUAUGAGCUAGUUGUUGAUCUAUCCUGUUCCUUCCUCAUUUUAGUUUCAUGAUGAAUUCAUGACCAUGAUAUACAAUUGAAAGUGCAUAACACGAAAACGACAUGGUAUCAGGAUAUGUUUUAAA